AUGCUCGUUGACAUAAAAGGUUCUCAACUUUACGAUCAAGAAGCUGGUGGUAGCGGUGCUUCUAUAAAUUCCUUCAGUUUAGGAUUGACCGAUGAAGUUCCCUUAGACAGCAGUCGACGGAUAAAUGAAAUCUGGAUUUUCUCCAUAAUUGGAGCGCUUCUAGUAGGUUUGAGUGGAAUUUUUCCUUUGUUGGUGAUUCCACUUGAAUCUGGCCCUGCUCUCAAACAUGGAG